AUGCUUAUUAUGGAAACUCCUCAAUUUUCAGCAAAAGAUAAAAAUGGAUAAAAUUCACAAUCUAGUUUUCAUUAAGAAAUUCUUCGUGCUCCAAAGAAAAAUUAAACUAAAAAGACGCUUUAAAUAAAAAAAAAUAUUAUCUUGACAUCAGAUGUAGCUCAUGAGCUCAGAAAAAUUAAUUUUAAUGAUUCUCCUUUGAUGAAUUAGUUUAUUCUUAUGCAUGCUAGAGUAUUUUAAGAUAGUAAAACUCCUUAGACUCCCAUUAAAAACUAUAGAGAAACGCUUCAUGAUAAUAAUCUGUUUGAAGAGAAAGAAUCUACAGUGGUUUAGAGUGCAAAGAGAAAAUUUAUAGAAAGGGACUACGAUUUAGGGUAAUCAGAUUAAUAGUAGAUGAUCGAUGAAAACAUAUCUCAUACAGAAAAAAAAUUCAUAACUUCUGAAUGCAAGUAAGAGUAUGAGGGUUAGGACUCUAAGAAAAGACUGAAGCCUUUACUUCCUUUUAAAUCCUCUAUCAAGUUUUCCUGUAAAAAAAACAACUCAUUUUCAGCAUUCAAUCUUUACAGAGAUAAAGAAAUACAUACAAACAUUAGUAGGUUUCCUUAGAAUUUUAAAAAAUAAGAUCUAGAUUAUGAUUGCUCAUCAGAAGAAGAAAGGACGGAAGAUCAAAUUAUAUUUAUGUCUGAAGAAAUAAUUAAAGAAAUGCAUAAUAAUUAAAGUUAUCAAUACUAAGACGCAACUAAAAGCUACUUUAAUAAUUGA